AUGUCUGCAGUUCUUUUCGAUGACAUGUUCAAUGUCGAAUCUGUGGACCACGGAAAAUAUAACAAAGUUGCUCGUAUAAAGGGUCAAUCAUCCACCUCUAGAGACGUUAAGAUUGCACUUGACAUAAACAGUGAAUUGUUUCCAGUUAAGGAAAAUGAUUCAUUAACUAUCACCUUGGCAUCUUCCUUGGGUAAUGAAGCAUCUAUGACUACUUCCAAUGGUUCAUGGAGACCACCAAGAUCUGGUGAAGAAAGGUCAUUAGCUGAUGACUACGAUUACGUUAUGUAUGGUACUGUAUACAAGUUCGAAGAGAACUCUGGCUCAGAUAAUAUGUCGGUGUACAUUUCAUUUGGUGGAUUAUUGAUGUGUUUAGAAGGUGGUUACAGAUCUUUAUCCAACUUGAAACAAGAAAAUGCUUAUAUUUUGAUCCGUCAUUACAAUGAGUAA